CAGAAUUGCUGCCACUUUCAUCGUAGUCUUGACCCCCCUCAUAUUGAUAAGACCCUGUAAUUCCAUUCCGUUACCUUUACUUUUUAUUUUCCGUCCGUCCCUUCUCAUAUUAUCUUUCUUAUCAUACGCGGGCGUAAGCAUGUCUUCAACGAUUCUCACCAAUGGCCGUUUCGUCGGCGAUGAUGACUCGCAUCGAGAGUGCAUGAUCGUCGAAGGAUCUCAAAUCGCCUACAUCGGGUCCGAAAACGACAAAGCAGUCCAAGACGCAAAAUCUCAAGGCGCAGAAAUUCUGGAUCUUGGCAAUCGCGUCGUUCUUCCUGGUUUUAUCGACAGUCAUGUUCAUCUUUUAUUCUUCGGUCUAUCACAGCAAAAACUCGAUCUUGGGGGUUGUAAAUCCCUACAAGAGAUUCGACAGCGUAUAACAGACUUUGCCGCUGCAAAUCCUGACCUACCCAAGAUCCUGUGCAGAGGAUGGCUUCAAUCUGCGACGGACGGAGUUGCUCUUGCGGCUAUGAUUGAUGAUAUUGACCCACGACCUAUUUUUAUCGAUUCGAAUGACCUUCACUCCGCGUGGUGCAACACUGCUGCUUUGAAAGAACUUCCAAUUGAUGAGAUCAAGGCGAAGUGCCCGGAGCAUCUUACAUGCGAUGAGGAUGGCAACCCGACUGGACUUUUGGCAGAAUGGGCCGUCACAGCAUUUAUCUGGCCCUUUUUGAUUCAAUCACUGUCCAUGGACGAUAAACUUGAAGCCCUGGAACGAGCCGUUCAAGCUUACUCUGCUGAAGGCUACACUGGCGUUAUCGACAUGGCGAUGGAUGCAGUAGCUUGGGAGGCGUUACAGACGUUGCGAGAGAGGAAGGGGAUCAAUCUUCACAUCGCAGCUCAUUGGUUCGUUCCAUACGAAGCUGAUGAGAAGGUACUCGAUGAGAAGAUCCAAGAAGCUAUCGACAUGCACAGUAGAUUCCAUCCUUCAAAAUCGCCAGAGUUCUGUAUCGUGGGCGUUAAGCUUAUGUGCGAUGGUGUCGUUGAUGGCUGCACAGCUGCAUUGUCUUAUCCCUACGGCGAAUCAACUGAUCUGAUUCAACCUCUAUGGCCCGGCGAAGCAAUGAACCGCGUUCUUUCACAAAUCACGAAAGCUGGAAUGCAAUGCGCCAUCCAUGCUAUAGGCGACGUAGCAGUCUCCCAAGCCAUCUCCGCCAUCGCAAGCACCAACAAUCCCACCGCGCGUCACCGCAUCGAACAUCUCGAGAUGGCCACCACCGAAGACGCCCGACGUCUCGGCAGCCUAGGAAUCACAGCCUCCGUACAACCAGUCCACAGCGAUCCCGCCAUUCUCGAAGGCUACGAAAAGCUGGUGAAACCCUCAGCGUGGAAACACUGCUUCCCCUACAAAGAAUGUCUCGACGGACACGCGAAUGUCGCUAUUGGUACAGAUGCACCUACGGCGCGACAUUUACCGUUCCCGAACUUGUAUAAUGCUACGACGAGAAAGUCGGCGCUGGAGCCUGAGAGGGAGACGGUUACUAAUGGGGAUAGUGCGUUGACGCUGGAGCAGGCUGUGAGGGGGGCGACGUAUGGGGCUGCGUAUUCGAGAUUUGCGGAGGGCUGGACGGGGAGGUUGGAGAAGGGGUUGAGGGCGGAUUUUAUGGUGUUACCAGGGGCUGUGAAAGUCGAUGGGUUAUUGGAGAUGAAGGUUGAUGAGACGUGGUUUCGGGGUGAGAGGGUUUAUAAGAAUAAUCGAGUAGACAUGACGAUGUAUUCUCGGCCCGACCAACAAGCUAAUUUCUGCUACCCCAGACCGCCCCAUCCCGUUAUCACUCUAACAUCAUACUGCCCAUAUCUUAUCUCCAACUCACCCAUAACAAUGUCACGCUCAAGAACUGGCUGUUCAACAUGCAAAAGACGCCAUCGAAAAUGUGACGAGACAAAACCAACAUGUCUCGAAUGUCAAAAGAAUAACCUCACCUGCGAAGGCUAUGCUCUUAAGUUACAGUGGGAUGUAGGGGUUGCGUCGAGGGGAAAGCUUACUGGUGCUUCACUUCCUGUUCUGGGCGCUGGUAAUGAGAGGAAGAGGGAGAGGGGGCUGGAGAUUGAUGGUGCGGAGGGGUCUUUUGGGCAGUUCCAGGCUUUGCCACUUGGACAAGUGGAGGCGAGUGGCCUGGGAUCGGAGGUUUUGAUGGACAUGGAGUAUCCAGUAAUCGAGACUGAAGAACCGCAGUGGCUCCAAAGAAGAAGUGACCAAGAAAAACAACUCUUCAAAGAAUUUAUACAAAAAACCGUCUUUCUCUUCUACUCUACCUCUACAGAAGACCCAUUCCCUCUUGAACUCCAACGCCUCGCCCUCCAAAACGAACCACUGUAUCUCGGGCUAAUUGCCACCCACGUAUACAACACCAAUCCUCGAAACCCACCACCUUUAUUUCAUGAUCUCUGUAAUCAAAGUCUCCGUCUUUUUCGCGAGCAGCUAAGUCGGUUUGAUGGGACGUUGGAUGGGGGUCUGAUCAACGCUGGUGUCUUCCUCUGCACACUCCACUUGUUCCAAGGGAUCCCCUGGACGGCGCAUUUGAAUCACAUGAUGUGGGUAUACCACCUGUUCCCGCAGUCCAAAAACGCUCAUCGAAUUGGGGAUCUGGAAUAUCGCUUUUCGCUUGAGGCCAUGGCGAUAAUGGAUAUUCCCACUUUUGUUCGCGGGCGCGACACACCGACGCUUGGAAUCUGGGGUUUUCUCCGCUCGGCUCAGAAAGCGUCUUCAACGGGGCUAGUUGGCGGUGUCGAAAGUGUCUCGGGCUUACCGCGAAGUCUACUCGAUAUCUUCGGUCGAAUGGCACAUGAAGAUGUGGAGAAGGCCCUUGCGGAUUGGGAGGGCCAUGAGGGGUCUAUUCCGCAUGUUCAUCUCUGGGAAGCCUUUCGGCUAUCAGGCAUACUAUUGAGUCGACGACAUAAGCGCACACAUUCUGACUCACCAUCCAACGAGAUACUCCGUGAAGAAUACGCCCACAUCCUCGCUACGAACAGCAUGCUGUAUCCCUACACCGCAGCCCGUCUCGAAGUAACUAUUCUGCAAACACGACCAACCUGGGUACAAACACUACGCCGAUGCGGCAGUAUCUGUGACGCAUACCGCGACACACCUAAUGCACUAAUUCUAGAGGAAAUACUAGAUAAGGCGUUGGAAAGGGGCGAUAAUGAUGUUGAUCUUGAUAAAGAGACGAAAUUGAGAGGCGUUGAGUUGAGUCGCUCUGAGAUUAUUCUAGUUCCAACACCCUCACAGGAUCCCAACGAUCCUCUGAACUGGAGCAAACGGCGAAAAGCAUGGAACUUCACCCUCGUUCUCGCCGUAACAGUGGCAUUCUUCUCAGCCAUCGUCAUGCAAAUGGUCCUAUGGCAACAAAUGAUCAUCGACAUGCACGUAACCUACGACCAACUGAACUACGGCGUCGCCUUCAACUCAGCCGGUCUCGCCCUCGGAAGUUUCCUCUUCAUCCCACUCGCUCGAAAAUACGGUUCCCGUCCAUGCUAUAUCCUCUCCACUGGUCUUAUGGCUGCUGUCUCGUGGUGGAGUGGCAGGAUGGAGACGGUGGGGGAGAUGUAUGUCACGAAUUUCCUCUCGGGUCUUGCUGCGAGUAUCAAUGAGACCAUUUCGGAGAUCACGCGAGGUACAGCAAAUGGGUUUUAUAUCAUGGCUGUCAUGGUCGGUCAAUUCGUCUGUCCCUGCAUCGUGGGUGUCCAAGCAGCAGCUCAAGACUGGCGAUGGAUAUACUACACCACCGGCAUCGUCCUGACCGUCCUCUUCCUCCUCUUCAUCUUCUUCUUUGAAGAGACAAAGUUCAUCCCCGUCACAAUUGGAGAAACACGUAAUACCUCAAGUCAAGGCACACCUUCACUCAAGAACCCGAAGGAUGACCCAACACAAGCCGACAUCCAAGACUCGGACCUCAACUCAGAGACUCACCCACCCCGACUCACAUACAAACAACGAAUGCGCUUCAUAACACGCACAGACGAACCCCUUUGGCGUAAUUACCUCGUACCCCUCAAGAUGUUCCUCUUUCCCCACGUCCUCUUCUCAGCCCUUCAGGUAGCUAGCUGCGUCGCUUUUCUCAUCCUUCUCACAUCAUCUAUAUCCAUGAUCUUUUCCGCACCGCCAUAUAACUUUAACACAGCAGGCGCGGGCCUCAUGUCUCUCGGUCCGUUUGUGGGAAACUUCCUGGGAAGUGUCUAUGGUGGUGUGCUUGGUGAUUGGGUUGUUGUCAAGUUGGCCAAGAGAAACAAGGGGAUUUUUGAGCCGGAGAUGAGGUUGUAUAUUCUUUUGUUGCCGGCGCUUCUUAUGGGUGGGGGACUUGUUCUCUUUGGGAUAUCUGCUGAUAAGGGCUGGCACUGGAUCUAUCCUAGUAUUGGCGGUGCCAUGUUUGGCUUUGGCAUGGCAUCCAUGAUUGAUAUAUCAUGCACCAUUGUCAUCGACAUCUACCAAACCCUCACAGCAGAGGCCUUCAUCUCUGUUACGUUCAUCCGCAACAUCCCCUCCAUUGGAGUUCCCUUUGGUGUUGUUGGCUGGAUAUCAUCCAUCGGCAUCUCAAAACUCUUCAUCAUCAGCGGAUGCAUCGCUACUCUUGUUUGUCUGUUGUUUAUCCCCUGCGCUAUCUGGGGUCGACGUGUUCGCGAAAACACAUGGCAGAUGUAUCAGUCUGUACGGGAGUUGAAGGGAGCAGCUCGACACUAA